GGAGGCGGGCAGCCCUCGGAGCACUCACGUUCCGGGCGCCUGGGAGGAAGACCGCUCGGCCGGCCUGGCGCUCCGUGGCCCUCGCUCGCCCCCAGGCCCAGCCAUGCUGCCCCGGGCCCUUCUCGUGCUCUGCAGCCUGCCUUGCACUUGGGGCUUCAACCUGGACGCCCGGGCGCCGACGCUCUUGCGCGGCCGGCCCGGCAGCUUUUUCGGCUUCUCGGUGGAUUUUUACCUCCCGGGGGCGCAGAGCGUCAGCGUCCUGGUUGGAGCUCCCAAGGACAAAACAAACCAGCUGGAAGUCACAGAAGGGGGUUCUGUCUAUUACUGCCCCUGGCAUCUAGGCAACAGCAGCUGUACACCCAUUGAAUUUGACAGCAUAGGAUCUCGCACUGAAGAGGUCAACGGAACAUUGGAACAAAUGGAGUUCAAGUCCUUGCAGUGGUUUGGCGCCACAGUGCGGUCCCACGGCAGCUCGAUCUUGGCUUGUGCCCCCCUGUACAGCUGGCGGACAAACAAAGACGAGCCAGAGCGCGAGGUGGUGGGCACCUGCUACCUAUCGAUCAACAACUUUACCAAGUUUGUGGAAUAUGCACCUUGCCGCUCAGAUCUGAACUCAGCACGUGGACAAGGUUACUGUCAGGGUGGAUUCAGCGCUGAAUUCACAAAGACUGGACGGAUUCUUCUUGGUGGCCCCGGAAGCUAUUUCUGGCAAGGCCAGGUGCUAUCGGCAACACAGGAUGCCAUUGAGAAAUCCUAUGACCCUGGAUAUUUAGUCUUGGUGGUUCAAGGUCAACUUGCCACACGUUCAGUCCCUCACAUCAGCGCCGAUGACAGUUACCUUGGCUACUCUGUGGCUGUGGGUGAAUUCAGCAACGACUCCAUGGAAGAUUUUGUGGCUGGCGUUCCUAAAGGAAACCUCACUUACGGCUAUGUCACAAUUCUAAAUGGAAGUGACAUCCAGUCGCUGUACAACUUUUCUGGAGAACAGAUGGCUGCCUAUUUCGGGUACGCCGUGGCUGCCACGGAUGUUAACAGCGAUGGCCUAGAUGACUUGUUGAUCGGUGCCCCCUUGUUUAUGGAGAAAACAGAAGACGGGCGCAUGCAGGAGGUGGGCAAGGUUUACAUCUACUUGCAGCAGCCGUACGGCAUGGAGCCCAGUGCGUCGGCUGUUCUUACCGGUCACCGAGAGUUUGGGCGCUUUGGCAGUGCUAUCGCUCCACUGGGAGACCUCGAUCAGGAUGGCUACAACGAUGUAGGGAUCGGCGCACCAUUUGGCAGCAAGGACCAGCAAGGGGUGGUCUACGUGUACAAUGGCCGAAAUAACGGGUUGCACCCGAAGCCUUCUCAGGUCUUGCAGGGACACUGGCCAGACAGUCGCGCCCCUGACUUCUUCGGGUUCUCCAUGCGUGGGGCCAAGGACUUGGAUGGCAAUGGCUACCCAGAUCUGAUUGUGGGUGCCUUUGGAGUGGACAGAGCUGUAGUUUACAGGGGACGCCCCAUCGUCCACGCCACUGCCACUCUCAGCAUUUUCCCUGCCAUGAUUAACCCAGAAGAGCGAGCGUGCACCCUAGAGGACACUGGGAUCCCUGUGGCCUGUAUCAACCUGAGUUUCUGUCUGAAUGCCUCUGGGAAGCAUGUGCCAGACUCCAUUGGGUUCACCGUGGAACUACACCUCGACCACCACAAGCAGAAGGGGGCGGUGAAGCGGGCGCUCUUCCUACGUUCCCGCCAGCCCCACCUGAUUCAGACCGUCCAAAUUCGCAACGGUGCCAAUGCGGAGUGCCGCGAGAUGAAAAUCUACCUCCGGAACGAGUCUGAGUUCCGUGACAAGCUCUCCCCCAUCUACCUGUCGCUCAACUUCUCACUGGAUCCAGAAGCCCCACUAGACGCUCAUGGGCUGCAACCCAUCCUCAACUAUCUCACGCACAACCACAUCGAACAGAAGGCCCAGAUUCAGCUGGAUUGCGGCGAAGACAACGUCUGUGUCCCCAACCUGCAGCUUGAAGUCUUUGGGGAUCAUAACACUGUGUACCUGGGAGACAAGAAUGCGUUGAACCUUUCGUUCCAUGCACAGAAUCGUGGUGAAGGUGGUGCCUAUGAAGCUGAGCUCCAUGUCACUAUGCCACCAGAAGCAGACUACACAGGAGUCCUGCGGACCCAGGGGAACCUGAACAGCCUGAGCUGCAAGUAUGAAACAGUGAACGAGACCAACGUAGUCAUCUGUGACCUUGGCAAUCCAAUGAAAGCAGGCGCCAGUCUCUGGGGUGGCUUGCGCUUCACCGUGCCUCACCUUGCUGAUACGAAGAAGGCCAUUCAGUUUGACUUCCAGAUCCAGAGCAAGAACGCCAACAACUCCCACAGCGAAGUGGUGUCGCUGUCGCUGCAUGUAGAAGCUUCCCUUCGUCUUUCGACUCAUGGAGUAUCCAAGCCAGACACCGUGGCUCUUCCAGGCUCUAGCUGGGUCCCAGGCCAAGCAGUGCUACAAGAGCAAGAUGUGGGUCCCGGCAUGUGUCACGUCUACGAGUUUGGGAAUGAGGGUCCAAGCGCCAUAAGCGAGGGGAUCUUGGAUGUCAGCUGCCCAAUCCGAACGAACGGGCGAGACGUGCAGUAUGUCACCCGCUAUCUGGCACUGGCCAAUUGCUCCUCUAACCAUCCCAUCAACCCAUCCCGCCUGCAGCUGGAACCACUCCCUGCACCUUUUCCUGAGCCAGAUCAGCAUUACCUCCAGAAGCAUGACGCAAGAUGGAGCAGUGGAUCUGGGGGGAAUGGUUUCACUCUGAAGUGCAACGGGGAUGACUGUUUCCAGCUACGCUGCCACAUGGGGGCGCUGCAGAGGCAGGAAAGGGCCACUUUGUACCUCUGUUUCCGCAUCUGGGCCAAGAACUUUCAUCAGCGAGAGAGCUAUCCUCAGACGGUACAGUGUGAGGCCGCCUAUCACGUACAACGGGUACCCUACAAGAUCCAGCCCCAGCAGCUCCCCUCCGCCACCGUCACGGUGUCGACAUUGCUGUACUGGGCCAAGGCAGAGACCAGCCAGGGAGUCCCGCUCUGGAUCAUCAUCUUAGCCAUUCUCAUUGGACUGCUGCUACUGGCUUUGCUAAUCUACGUACUAUACAAGCUGGGCUUCUUCAAGCGCUCGCUUCCUUACGGCACGGCGAUGGAGAAGGCUCAGUUGAAGCCACAAGCUGCUUCAGAGGCCUAGCCGGCCCAGCGUCGCCCUCCAUGUGUGUGUGUGUGUGGUGUGUGUGUCACUGCUGCUACCCUGCAACGAGGCACCCGGAUUGCCUGCUGUGAACACGGGGGAAGGGAGCACCGCCCACACCAGCAGGGCAAGGACAAUGCAGUGCCGCAGACACUGGGCCCCGUGGACUGCAGCCCAACCCAGCACAGCAAGCCCCUCUACGGAAAGGGGCGAUUGGACCAGGCUCCUGAGGCUUGCUGCCCCCCUCCCCCCAAUUCCCUGGGGCUUGGAUCUUGCAAACAACCUGUGCCCUGGCUGGGAGUUGCAGCAGGCAUUCAUUCCCAGCCAAAGGGAAUACUUGAAGCCGCCGGAGCGGCCGGUGCUGGCCUGAUCUCAGGCCCCCUACGUCAAAGCUGUCUGUUCCGUCCACCCGGAGGAGGGUCGAGGGAGUGUACCUCUGGACGGUGUCCGAGCUGUCCGACCCCUCUGGAAUGCCGCAGCUCAGCAGAAGGAAAGAAGAAAAGCACAAUCGCCUCCCAAAUUCAGUUCUUUCUCCGCGGACCGGGACGGAGGAUCGGGCCCUCUCCCUUCUGGGCUUCCCCCAGCCUGGUUCUCGCAGGAGAUGAUGUGUGGGACAGAGACUUACGCUGGGGAAGCCAGAUGCUCCCGAAAUGCCAAAGAUUUGCCACAUGAGGAAGCCAAGCCAUCGCCCGGUGUCGGCCCGGACUUGCCGACGGUCUUCGCACUGAUCUCCGGAAACCGCUAGAGAUUUUAUUUUUCAGAUGCCACUUUAAUUAUAAAAAAAACAAAAAUGAGAAAAAAAAAGAAAUGAGGAAGCUGCUGCCGCCUCCUAGUGGUGGAGGCGAGGGUUGCUGUUUUUUUUUAAUUUAAGAUGUCCAUGUGCAAUAAAUGCUUCCACAUUUUC